AGUGACAUUUUUUCUCAAUUUCUUUAUCGGGUUUAAAAGAAAUUUAAACAUACUUAUUGUUAAUUAUUAAUGAAAAAUACUAAUUAGUGAGUGAGUUAAAUAAGAGUACUUGAGGGUACUAACAAUAUUUUAUUAUUAUCUAAGAAGUAUCGUGACUUAAUUCGCUACGAAUCACAAUUACAUUUACCAACAAAUUGAAGUGAUUACAGUGAGAAAGUUCAGUUUUUCUGUAGCGAUCACCAAUUCACUAUCCACACACUUCCAUUUCUUCAUCAACAUUAGAUAGAGAUAAUUGAAAUAAAUAAAACGCGAAGAAACAAGAAAAUAUGAAUCCGAACAUGUACGGAGCGCCACCGCAACAACCACAAUAUGCACCAGGCUGGCCACCGGCAACACAACAGCCGUUACAUGCAAGUGGGGCACCUCCACAAAUGGGACCACCAGGUGCUAGUUAUCCACCCACUAGUAUGCCACCCACAUCAGCAGCACCAACGCCAGCUGGGUCGCUAGGAGCGCUGCCACCACAGCAAAACUACGGCCAAGGACAGCAACCAGGCUUACUCAACGGCAACUACCAACAACAGUUAACUAAUUCAAUGAGCGGUUUAUCCAUGAAUGCAGCGAAGCAGCAGCCUACACCCGUACCUCCCCAAGCCAAUACUCCAUAUUCGAACGCUAACAUAGCAAACGCUCCACUAUCUGCACCAAACCCGCAUGCCGGUGGCUCAGACGCACCACCCUUGUCAAAUGGACCACCAACUAACGCGCCAUCCCAACAACAACAGCAACUAUCAAGCGCUAACAACAAUUUCAUUUCGGGUCCAUACACAAACGGGCAGGCUGCAAAUCCACCGCAGGCUCAACCACCACAGGCACCCACUUCCAUGUAUCCACCGGCGCCAAACACUGCAACGCCGCCAAUGCAAUCCGUACCGGGUGGACCAAAUCAGAUGACAGUAAACAGCGCAAACAUACCUGGAUUGCCACAUAUGCCACCAAAACCGGCUGCUAUGCCAUUACCCGGACAACCACCAGUUGCAGCUACGCCACCAACUUCGUUAGCUGGUGGCAUGCCACAGUAUCAACAACCUGGCGCACAACAAUUACCACCACGUCCAGGUCAAAUUCCACCACAACCCAUGUCGCAGCCGCUUGGACCACAAGCACCACAACAACAACAACAACAGCAAACAAUGUUGCCUGGUCAUCCUGGCAUGCCGCCUACAUCCGCAGCAGCAACAUUGCCACCCCAACCGGGUAUGCCACCAAUGCCAGGCUACCCACCACAACAGCAACCACAACCACAAGGAUAUCCACCACAUCCACAAAUGCCGCAAAACCAACAACAACCCGGUUUUCCACCACAACCACAACACCCUGGAUAUCCAUCGCAAGCCGCACAGCCUGGCUAUCCACCACAACCCGGUUAUCCGCCUCAACAACCAUUACAACCCGGUUUCCCUGGUCAAAUGAUGCCGCCAACACAACCUGGCCAACCACCAAUGCCCGGACGUCCUGGCUAUAACCAACCACCAGCCCCUGGCGGUAUGUACCAACAGCCACAACAGUAUCCACAGGCUCAACGCCGUCUCGAUCCCGAUCAGAUGCCAAAUCCAAUUAGUGUUAUUAUCGAAAAUCAACGCAAUGCCGGUGGCGCUUUCGUGACCAAUCAGCCGGGUCUGCUGCCACCACUGGUGACCACAAAAUAUGUUGUGCAGGAUCAAGGCAACUCAUCGCCACGUUAUGUCAGAUCCUCUUUGUAUUGCAUACCAGCAACUGCUGAUUUAUUGAAGACAACUGCUUUGCCCUUCACACUGCUCGUUUCGCCCAUGGCACGUACCGUUGAAGGUGAAUAUGAGCCGCCAAUUGUAAACUUUGGUGAAUUGGGACCCAUUAGGUGCAAUCGUUGCAAGGCGUACAUGUCGCCGAACAUGCAAUUCGUGGAUGCCGGUCGACGUUUCCAAUGUCUGAUGUGCAAAGUGACCACGGAAGUGCCAACCGAAUAUUUCCAACAUUUGGAUCACACUGGUCAACGUGUCGACAAGUAUGAGCGUCCCGAAUUGGUUUUGGGCACAUAUGAGUUUUUGGCCACCAAGGACUACUGUCGCAAUAAUACACCCCCUGAGAUACCGGCAUUUAUAUUCGUAAUUGACGUCUCUUACAACACCAUCAAAUCGGGUUUGGUACAUCUGUUGUGCUCGCAAAUCAAGGAGGUGUUGAAGCAUCUGCCUGUGGAUCAGGGACAGGACAAAUCGAAAAUGCGUGUUGGUUUCAUAACCUAUAACAGCACUGUACAUUUCUAUAAUAUUAAAAGUAGUUUGGCACAGCCGCAAAUGAUGGUUGUCGGCGAUGUGCAGGAUAUGUUUAUGCCGCUGCUCGAUGGCUUCCUCUGCAAUCCCGAAGAGUCAGAGGCACUGAUUGACGCGCUGAUGGAACAAAUACCGAAAAUGUUUGUGGAUACCAAGGAGACGGAGACCGUACUCUAUCCAGCUAUACAAGCCGGUCUCGAAGCAUUGAAAGCAUCGAACUGUGCUGGCAAAUUGUUAGUAUUCAAUUCAACACUACCUAUCGCUGAAGGACGUGGCAAAUUGAAGAAUCGCGAUGAUCGUAAAUUGCUCGGCACUGAGAAAGAGAAGACCGUGCUCACGCCACAAUGUGUGUCCUACAAUAGCUUGGGACAGGAUUGUGUGCAGAAUGGGGUAUCGGUCGAUUUAUUCUUAUUCAAUAAUUCGUACAUAGACAUUGCCACGCUGGGGCAGGUAGCGCGUCUAAGUGGCGGUGAAGUCUACAAAUAUACAUACUUCCAAGCUGACCUGGAUGGCAAUCGCUUGAUUGAGGAUAUCAUUAAGAAUGUAUCGCGCCCAAUUGCUUUCGAUGCCGUAAUGCGCGUGCGCACUUCGGCUGGCAUACGCCCAACAGAUUUCUACGGACACUUCUACAUGACAAACACAACCGAUGUGGAACUGGCUAGCAUAGACUGCAACAAGUCCGUUGCCAUCGAAAUUAAACAUGACGACAAAUUGCCACCUGAGGAGAAUAUCUACUUACAAAUCGCACUACUCUACACAUCGGUUAGCGGUCAGCGUCGUUUACGCGUUUUGAAUUUGGCACUACGCGCCACCACAACCAUAGCGGACGUUUUCAAAUGUUGCGACUUGGACGCCAUGAUGUUGUUCUUUGCCAAACAGGCUUGCAGCAAAUUGCUGGAGCACACACCGAAACAGGUCAAGGACAAUUUGGUCAAUCGCUCGGCACAGAUAUUGGCUUGCUAUCGCAAGCAUUGCACUUCGCCCACAUCGGCUGGCCAGCUAAUACUGCCCGAGUGUUUGAAACUGUUGCCGCUCUACGUGUCGUGUCUGCUGAAAAACGAUGCCAUCUCUGGUGGUUCGGAUAUGACGCUCGACGAUCGCUCGUACGUCAUGCAAUUCGUACAGACCAUGGAUUUGAAUAUGUCUGUCAGCUAUUUGUAUCCACGUUUCAUUCCAAUACACAACGUCGAUGUGGAUGACAACGAUUUGCCGAUGUCCAUACGUUGCACACACGAAAAGAUGAGCGAAGAUGGCGCCUACAUACUGGAGAACGGUGUGCAUCUCUUCGUUUGGUUGGGUCAAUCGUUGCCGCAAAGCUUCAUACAACCACUGUUUGGGGUGCAAUGUACACAGCAAGUGAAUGCGGAACGCUUUGCCAUCAUUGGCGAUGCACCGUUGGCACAACGCGUGCGCAAUAUCAUCGAUACAAUCAUGAACGAGCGCACCAGAAAUAUGCGGGUGACAUGCGUGCGACAAAAUGACAAACUGGAAUCAGUUUUCCGUCAUUUCCUGAUCGAGGAUCGCGGCACAGAUGGCUCGCCCAGCUAUGUGGACUUCUUGUGUCAUAUGCAUAAGGAGAUUAAGGAUUUGUUGAGUUAGCUUGUGGGUGGUGGCAAAAGUGGCGGUUGCAACAUGUCGCAAAGUAGUGGGGAUACGCUUGCACAUAAAACAACAACCAGCCAGCUAAUGUGUCGCAGCUAUUCCCAGAAUCGUGCACGUUUGCAUCGGCUCUCCCGUAGACGUUGGUAGAUUAUGUAUAAUUACCCGUACAUACAAACAAUUCAACUUGAACGCAUACGCAUACAAUAGACAGUUCCAUACAAAUACUUAUUGCAAUUUCCACACAACAUCUACGUACAUGCAUACAUCUAUACAUAUAUAUAAUUAAUAACCGCAAAACUAAUUUAGUGUAAUUUUUUGUUUUUGUCAUUUGGAAUGCUUAAAUAACAACAUAUUGAUUUGGAAUUUGCGCAUUAUUGUUUGUUUGUUUGUUUUUUUUUUGCAUUUAAUUAUUUUUUUGCAAUGUCCAAUCGAACCUUUGCUUGUGGUCUAUGAUUUUUCCGUGUAAUUUAGGUAUACAUAUAUACAUACAUACAUACAUUAUAUUGUGCAAAUUUUUAUUAUUAUUAUUUUUAAAAUGUUAAGCAAGAGAAGAUUAUCAUAUUUGCAAAAUAUCUACGAAAAUAUCCAAUUAAA